AUGAAAAUUUUACUAAGAUUAUUUUUAUUCAUAUUUCCAAUCAUCAAUGCAAAAAUAAUACAAAGUAAUCGUGCAAGUACAUGUAUUUAUGCAUUCACUGAUCCUUUUUAUCCAUCAUUUACUUUACCUCCUGCACAACCAAAUAGUCCAGGUGAUGUACAACUUAACAAAAACAAUCCAAUUCGCUUAGCUAAUGGAUCAAACUUAGCUGUUGGCCAAGGAUGUAAUAGUCGUACAUUUUCUUACUAUGAAACUAGUUCAGAACAAUUUCUUACUACAUAUAUUGAUGUCAAUCGGCAAAAUUCAUCGAUUGUCGAUAUAAUAUAUGCUACUAAUCAUGAUCAAUUAUAUGUACGCACUAUUCAACUCAAUCAAGCUAACUUAGCCUCAUUUCUUGCGGGAAAGAUACUUAAAAUCGAUUUGAAUUGUAACAAUGGUCUUCUUGGUUGUGCAUAUUUCACUGUUGAAAGUAGCUCAUCAAAUACAUUACCAACCAUACUAACAAGUGGAUCGAUUAGCUCGCAAUCAAUAAUUUCAAUCAUCAUGUUGAAUCUAUUAUGUAUGCAUUGGCUCAAGAACCAUUCAUAUAUUUCUUAA